AUGCGCCUCGUUUCGAACAACAGCGGCGGCGGAGGCGGCGGCGGUCUCCAACCGCCAAAGGCCUCAUCAGCUUCCACUACGGGGGUCCCAAGAUGGAUCCUGGCCGCCACAGGCAUCGUUGCUGCCCUCGGCGUGGCCGAGCUAACCCGGGGACGCAAGGUGGCCGCUGAGGAGCAACGCAGGCUGCCGCCUGCCGAAGUGGCUCCCCUCGCAGCCGGCGAUCCCGUCGAUGGUCUCAUCUCGAUGGACGACGUCGCAAGCCACAAUUCGCCCGAGAGUGGCCUCUGGGUCGUCAUCAACGGCGAGGUCUAUGAUCUGACCGACUUUGUCGAGAAUCAUCCGGGAGGCAAGAAUGUCAUUCUCAAGAAUGCAGGCAAAGAUGUGACCGAUAUAUAUGCGCCGGUGCAUCCACCCACAGCGAUCGAGGACAACCUCGAGCCUUCGAACCACCUCGGCCAGGUGGACCCCAAGACGAUCAAGGUGAAGCAGGCGUCGGAAGAGUCGGAAAAGGACAAGAAGAGGAGAUUAGCCCUCGAGAAUCUGCCUCCGGUUGGCAGUAUGCUCAACCUGGAUGAUUUCGAGAGGAACGCGCAGAACAUCUUGACAGACCAGGCAUGGGCCUAUUACUCUUCAGCAGGCGACGAUGAAAUCACCAAGCAGCAGAAUCGAUCGUCGUACAACCGCAUCUGGUUCAAACCUCGGAUCCUCGUUCCUGUCGGCCAGGUGGACUACUCAACGACGCUCAUGGCAAACGUCUCUGGGGCCGACACAAAAGUCUCGCUGCCCAUCUACAUCUCUCCUGCCGCCAUGGCAAAGCUCGGCCACCCAGACGGAGAACUUAAUCUGACACGGGCUGCCGGCCGCAUGGGCAUCGUCCAAGGGAUCUCGGCAAACGCAUCGGUGGGCCUCGAUGAGAUGCUCGACGUGCGCAAGCCCGGCCAGCCCACCUUCUACCAGCUCUACGUCAACAAGGACCGGGCUGCUUCCGAGCGCAUCCUCAAGAAGAUCCAGGAUCGCGGUUGCACUGCCGUCAUGCUGACGGUGGAUGCCCCCGUGAUGGGCAAGCGAGAGGCAGACAUGCGCGCCAAGGGCGAAGUCGUCGAGACGGGCGGCGGACAGGGUGGCGACCCGACGACCAGCGGUGGCGGCGUCGCAGCGGCCAUCUCUGGCUACAUCGACCCGAAUCUCAGCUGGGACGACAUUGCGUGGUACCGCAAGACUUGCUCACUACCCUUGAUCCUCAAGGGCAUUCAGAGCAUUGCCGACGUGGAGGAGGCAGCCAAGCGAGGCGUCGAAGGUGUAGUGCUCUCCAACCACGGUGGACGCUCGCUGGACUUCUCACCAGCGCCCAUCGACGUCCUCAUCGAGCUGCGGCAGAAGCGGCCGGACCUGUUUGAAAAGAUUGACGUCUACGUUGAUGGCGGCGUGCGGAGAGGCACAGAUGUCCUCAAGGCGUUGGCACUCGGUGCAAAGGCCGUCGGCCUCGGUCGCCCGUUUUUGUAUGCCCAAUCAGGCUUUGGUGAAGCUGGCGCUGUCCGUGCAAUCGAGAUCAUCCAGGACGAGGUGGAACGUGGCAUGCGGCUACUCGGCAUCACCUCCCUCGACCAGCUCAAUCCCGACAUGAUCGAUAUCCUCCCGAGGUUUUUUGAUCCGAAUCUGUCCAGAAGCGCACCUUGUCCACCCAACUCUUUUGAGGGCUGA